AUGCUGUUGCGGCUGCCACGAUUCUGUAGUGCUUCGGAAAUGUUCGCCGUGGCCCAGAUUCUAGGCUACCUAAGAAGAGCGAACACAGUUUACAAAUCCACCGAUGAUGAGCAAGGUGUGCAAUAUUCUGUCAGUAAAGCAAAUGCAGCUUCUGAUGGUCUACAUCUGCACUUUUUAAAGGCAAGGAACGCCUGGUUCGAAAAGGCUUUGGAUGAUGCAAAAAAUACCGAAUCAUCAGAAAGACUUUUGCGGCGAAUAGUAGAGCUGCAUAGGAUACACCUUUUCAAUGUGCUAACCCAACACAAAUCGAUAUUCCUAUCCGAUGCGCAGGAGUCGAAAAUACGAGAUGAUGAACUCAAUGGCACUAGUGCUUUGUCUUGUUGGCUGAAACAGAAGGUGGAGACAUUGGCGCAAUUAUUAAAUCAAGACUUGUUAAAAGAAGACGAAUCCAGUUUUGAAUCUUUACUGAACCAAUGCAUGUACCUAUGUUUGUCGUUCGGCAGAGUAGGCGCUGAUAUGCGUUGUGUGCUCACACCAUUAUUUCGCAACAACGUACUAGUACAAUUUCACAGUGGAUUGGAUAAGGCAGAUAAUCAUUUUGAUAACCAAAUGAAGACAUAUAAAGUGCCGAGUAUUAAAAAUGUGCCUCGACCGGUGAGCGAAAAUACUGCAAUGGGCCCUCCGGAGAAUUUAUUGGAUUAUUAUCCUCUAGCAGAAUACUGCAAUGGUAUGCUGUCAGUAUUGAACUCUUUAAGAGUAACAGCGCCGCUGAAUAUUGUGAAAGAAGUUUACAACUCAUUUAGGAAAUCUUUAGAAAAAGCUGUUCAAGUAUUAAUGGCUUUUUACGUUAGAGAACAACAAGCAUUCACAGAUACAGAACGGCAAAAUUUCAUCGCUCUAUGUGUAUGUUUCACUGAAGACCUAGUCCCGUAUAUAACGAAGUGUUUAUCUCAAUCCUUUCCUUCAACGCAAGUUGCCGAGUUGCUGGGGGUGACACUCACUGUACUACAAGAGAGCAAGAUAUUACAUAUUGACCAAGUUACGAUAUGUGAACCUUUGAAUACCAUUACUGGAUUAGUUAUUAAUGUUUAAUUUGGACUCGUGGUUGUCUCUUUCUCACGUUUUAUUUUAUUUUACUCAUUAAUUACUUAAUUCAAAUCACGUCGUUCGCGACUACUCUUGAGUUUCUUUUUUUAAAGUUUAUUUUGAGAAUCACGUAGUAAAAGUUAACAGCGACUAUGUGAUGUUUUAAAUUAAAAAAAUGUAUAUGGACUCUUAGACUAUAGAAAGUUAAUAAAAAUAUAUCUUUUAAUGGUGUAUGACGUCAAGUCUAUUGAAUCAGUCCC